CACGCCUGUUCAUUUCAUUUCCUCAUCCUCUCUCUCUAGGGUUUCCCUCUCAUCCAUCCCCUCUCGCAUCCACAGGCUAAUCUGCUCGCAUUCCCCACCAUCGGCGCGAGCAAAUGGAUCCCUGCGGUGUGGUUUUGAAGCACGGAUCAGAUCUAGGUGAGUAUUUCGCCUACUCGCCUGCAUCAUCGGAUUCCAUGGCGUUUUGAUUUUUUUCGCGUUUGUUUCUGGUGGGGGUCAUUGAUGCAAGUAACUGGAAUCGGGAGGGGUACUGGAAGGGCAGAUCAGAUAGGUGACUUCAUUCCCUUCGCACAUCUAAUAAUCUCUCUCCAUCUCGUCUCUGAUUUGGAUGUUUUGUUUUGUGCAGAGACAUCAGCAUCUCACGAGAUUGGAAUAUGGUGGUGCAUGUCAGAAUCAGAGACAUUAGCAGCUCAUGGGGUGAAAAGUGCAGAUUCUGAAUCAGAUUCCGAUGAAAGGAGCUUUGUUGACAGUGGAAGGAUCUCUACUAGAGGAAAAAGCGCACAUGGUUCAAAGAAACAGGACGUGGGCUCGAUUGUUUUCUGAUGUUUUUGAAGCAGUGGUGAGUGGAAAUCAGAGAGACCCAAAGAAGGGUUGCACAAUAAGGUGAA